AUACCUAUUCCUUAUUACCUGCGCGCUCGCCGUGCGGAUUUGAUCAGUGCGCCGAGUAUUGAUGCACAGGUCUGACGAACUCAAUCACGGCAGUCUCGCUUCACAGCCUAUGCUCGACCACUGCAGGAAGAAAACAGACGACGAGCAGAGAGUAGCACCACGUCAAUGACCGUCUGGACCAAUCACAGAGCAGCACACAGGCGAUCCGCGAAUAAUCUACACACAUGUCAGCAAGUGAAAAUCGCGCGGUACUCGGCCAUCAACAGGAAGCUGUCACUGUCGCGGUAGACGAAGCUGACGUAUCAUUUAGGGAGAAAAUGGCAGACGAAGCUAAUCGAACGAAGCUGCUAUUCUGUGCUGCUGGAAUAUUUGUCUGCUAUUUUUACUAUGGUAUUCUACAAGAAAAGAUAACAAAAGGCACCUAUCAAGAUGGUGAUAAAGUAGAACAAUUUCACUACAGUUUGUCAUUGGUCUUCAUUCAAUGCUGCAUUAAUGCUAUCUUUGCCAAAUGUGCAAUAACUUACUUCAAAGAGCAUGAUCACACACCACAUAAGUUGUAUGCUUUGUGCUCAAUGUCAUAUCUUGGUGCAAUGUUAGCUAGCAACCAUGCACUGCAGCAUGUGACUUACCCAACACAGGUUUUGGGAAAAUCAAUCAAGCCCAUUCCAGUGAUGAUUCUUGGUGUUCUUUUUGCUCAUAAGCGUUACCCGUGGGCAAAAUAUUUCUGUGUGUUGCUGAUAGUGAUAGGCGUUGCACUUUUUAUGUUUAAAGAGCAGCGCUCCUCCACAGCAGAAGAUGCUCAUGUACUUGGCACAGGAGAGUUCCUUCUGUUAGUGUCUCUGGGUCUAGAUGGCUUGACUGGGGCUUGUCAGGACCGCAUGCGCAGUGACCACAAAACAGCUGCCAAUAGCAUGAUGUAUUGGAUGAAUAUGUGGUCUGUUUGCUGGUCUGCAGUUGGUAUGAUAAUCACAGGGGAAGUGUUUGAGUUUAUUGGAUUUGCCAGUCGCUAUCCUUAUGUACUCCUCCACUUGGUCAACUUCAGUUUGGCCAGUGCUCUUGGACAGAUGUUCAUCUUCUUAACAGUAACAUCUUUUGGGCCUCUGACUUGUUCUAUUGUCACGACCACACGCAAGUUCUUCACUAUAUUGGGCUCAGUCAUCAUCUUUCAGAAUCCCAUGUCUGCGAGACAGUGGAUUGGGACAGUCUUUGUUUUUAUUGGCCUUGGCUUGGACAGUGCUUAUGGCAAAGAAAAGAAGAAGAGAUGAUAAUUUGUUACUUAGAGGCCCUUUCAUACAUUCUCCUUUUGGCAUAAACACACCUCAGAUCUGAGAGAAAGUCAGGCCCACAUACCAUUAACUGACCAUUCCUAGCAAACUUUCUUCUCAGAAAUGUGAAUCCCAUCUGCUGAACUCUGAGCAUAAAGUGGAAAUACCAUGUGUUUUGUAUUCUGAUUAAGUUAUAAUCAGGGUAUUUUGAGCUUGAGAUAAAAUCCAUGAGUUGGGAUCUUGGGUAUUUUUGUUUGAAAAAAAUAUGCUUUGUUGGAAUUAAAGUAUCUUUGCAACAUCUCUCUCCUGAAUGCAUUAAGUUGUAAUAACUUUUAUAGAACAGGUUUUUUUUUCCAUUCAAUCACUUGUUGUAUAGUUUUGGGGGCAUUUUCAUGAAAGAAAAUGGUUUUCUCUCUGUUCACUUCUUCAGUCCAAGAUAUGGAAUUAAUGGUUUAGCCAGAGAUUUAUUUUUAAUGUGACUGGGUGUAGUACUUUCUGCCUAAAGAUCUAUCAUGGACAUGUAUAGGUGGAUUGCUGUCUGUCUGCUAAGACCAACUCUUAGCCUCUUGCCAUGUUCUCCGCUGUUAUUUUCGGCGAGCCUUAACAAUGAAUGUGACUAAACCGGAAGCUUUGUACACACCUGCCUCGUUUUAGUAAAGGUCAGGAGCGCCUCAGGAAAAUAGUGGUUUUGGGGCGUGGUUGUCAAAUGCAAGAAAAUAUCGUCUGCCAGCCGUCCAGUCAUGCAAGUUCAUGGAUCUGUGUCCCAGUUUCCUUCAGUUAACUGAAUUAUAGAAAUAUUAUUUGUCUCUUCUAUGUGACUGGAGGGAACAGCUAUAACCGUGCACUUAUGAUGAACUGUGUUGGAGAGGUACAUCAAAAACUACCUAGGUGCUGCCCUAUUAUCAUUAAAUCUGAAGAAUUAGAAAAAAUUUUGACAAAUAAAACGGACUAUCCUAUAACACACAAUACAGCAUAUAAUUGUACAUCCCAUUUAAAUGUGUGUUGGAAGGAAAAAAGAUAUAUUUGGCUUCAAUAAGGAAGCUGCAAUAUGUUGUCUUUAAAAUCUCUGUACUUUUAUUGUUGGAGCAGUUUGCCAUUUCUUCCAAUUGCUAGUGGAAUAUAUGAAUUUUUAUUGGCAUACUAUUACAAAAAAUACCUUAUUCCAUUAUAAUCAAAUGAAGAGGUGAUGAAAACUGUUCUUAAAUUAUAGCCCUUAGGUGUAUAAAUGUCUGAUAUAUACCUCAUUAUUUUAUGUCCAUAAUAAAAGAUCAAAAAAACUUUUCUAGAGCCCAGUUUAAGCCAUACUUUUGGAAAGCUGUAACAAAUAAUGAUAGAACAUUCAUAAAAUCUUGAACAUUCCAUACACAUACCAUCAUUGUGUAUCCCUGCUGCGUAAAAAUGUUUUAACUACAGAAAAUAUACCAGGUUACUAUCACUAUUUCAGAUGGAGAACAAAAUCUAUUAAAUACUUUAUAUUGAGCAUGGCGACUUAAAAAAAAUCUAUUAUUUUGAAUGAGGGUGUAUUCAUAACAUCGUAGUGCCCAUGAAAUCUAAAGAGAAUAUUGUUAAUCAAAGUAUUUCAAUAAUUUGUGAGAUUCACUUUCUGGAUACUGCUGCAAAAUUCUGACCUCUGUUGCUGUAAUCAAACGUCUGUUGACAACAUCAGAUCAUCACAGGGCCCACUAUGUUAAGAUACAACCCAGUGUUUAUAUUCUGUGCAGUUUUGAAGUGAAUCUGACGAGUCCUUUCUGUUACUUUAAGCAUUUACGCAGACUCCAUGCUACCAAGCUGACCAAACUAUUAUGAUCGAUAAUUGAGGUCUUUUGGUAGCACGUGAGAAAUCCAAUCGAUUAUACGGAUAAAGCAUUGCCGUAAAAUAUGGGAUGGGAAAGGGCUACAACAAGCAGUUCUGGUUGGGUGCAAAAGAAAAUUAGGCCACUGGGAAGGAACUGGGUAGAAGACUGAUUGCAUCAGGCAGAGCCACUGGUCAUUCAAAAACUUUUUUCCAUCAUGUCAGAAAACACUGGACUUCACAAUUAUCCUAUGGGGUUUAUCUCCUGUUUCUGAGGUGCCAUAUCGUUUUCAGAAAGAAAACAAUGUACAUGCAAAAUUGACUUUAACAAAGGUACUUACAUCAUUUACUUCAAUGAUAGUUUAUCGAAGCUAGUGAUGUUGAAUGGGUAUGUGUUGAGUUAUUCAAACUAAAUGAAUCGUGUAUCAGAUGCCUCAGAGUACUGAGAUUUUGUUCUUUGUAACUGCUGUGACAUUUCAAGUGGAAAUAUGGAAAUGUUUUGGUGUCGUCUUUUCAAAGAUUUUAGCAGUAGACUUCUGGAUUUUAUUUUUCAUUCUCAAUUAUAUGUUUAUAGAUUGUUGAAAUUAACUAUUAAUUCCACAUGUGUGUGCCUGUAGAAGAAAUGGAAGGCAUUGUUAAAGGACUAGAGGGAUGCAAGUUUUCUUGUAAUGAUUGGGUAAAGCUCAGUGCAGGAUACUUUAUCUCCAAAGCUGGUGAAUACCUCCCUUCAUUUCGAAAUGCAUGCCUUCAAAUAUCACGAUACAUAGAGUUCAACAACGCAGACAUCAAGAUAGUAUACCUUGUGUCAGCCUCAGUCAAUGGGAGAGGUGGGAAUAUAUAUUAAUUAAGUAUGUCACAAUUUUGACCUCUUUCUUUGCAUGGCGAUAUUUAAAUGCUUAUCCCAGAUUCAGGGAAAUAAUAUCUUGCACUUUGCUUUGUCAGAUUAUUAGAAAAAUAAAAUUGCUCCUCAUUUA